AUGUCGCCAUCUUAUUCGGGUAACGAAAGACUUUCCGUUAUAGAAACGGAAAAAAUGAUCGGACCAGAAAGUUCCGACGCGUGUAAUUAUAAUAAUAAAAACGAUGUGAGAAAAUCCCAAUUGUUUUUAAAUAAUUUAACGGAAUCGGGUAGCAAUCGUUCGGUCGGUUCAUCAUUUAGCAUUGAUAACAUACUCGCUAAAGGUACCGUGACAAACAGUCAUUCCAGAAUGGGAACAGUCAUUCAUCCCGGUUUUCAUUUAGGACAUUUGGCAGCUGCCGCAUCAAGUUUCGGAGCUUCAUCUGCUGAUUUUUUAGCAGUGGCAGCCUAUCCGAAUCUAUAUAAUUCGGCAGCAGCAGCAAAUUACAUGUCUCACGCUGCUGCAUCUGCAUUGGUUGCAUUAAACAUGGCCAACGGUAGUUUUCACCAUCACGGUCAUCAUUCUUUACACGGUGCACCACCCAAGAGAAAAAGACGACAUAGAACGAUAUUUACGGAAGAACAAUUGGAACAAUUGGAGGCCACGUUUGAAAAAACUCAUUAUCCUGAUGUUGUUUUAAGAGAGCAACUGGCCUUAAAAGUCGAUUUAAAAGAAGAAAGAGUUGAGGUAAGAACGCACUUUUAUAAAACAUAA